AUGGCUCCUGUGGACAACGAGAUCAAGGGCAGAUUGGCCUUGGUCACCGGUGCCUCUGGUGGCAUUGGAGGAGGUUGUGCCAAGGAGCUCUUCGCCCACGGCGCUCGGCUAGCCCUCACGUGUUCAUCCGACCGCACUUACAACAAGAUCACAGAGCUUGCUUCGUUGUUGAAGAGCUCUGUCGAGGAAGACGUUAAGAUAACUUGUCAUAUCGUAGACAUGUCCUCCGCCAAAGCCAUCGAGGAGCUCUUUGGCCAAAUCAAAGCCGAACACGGCCAAACCCCCGACAUUCUCGUCGCCAACGCCGGUACAGCGGGCUUCGGCAACAAAGCCAACCCCUAUCUCGAGAACAUCUCCCUCGAAGAGUUCGACUUCACCAUCAACAUCAACCUGCGGGCCUCCUUCCUUCUGUGCAAGCUGGCCAUCCCGCACAUGGCCGCCCAACACUGGGGCCGUGUCGUCUUCGUGUCGUCCAUCUCCGCCAUUGGCGGUGGCAUUAACGGCUGCCACUACGCCGCCAGCAAAGCAGGCCUGACGGGCAUGAUGAGGAACCUGGCAUCCAAGCACGCCAAGGACGGAAUCACACUGAACGAUGUCGCGCCGGCCAUGAUUGGUGACACGGGCAUGAUUCCUGACGAGAAACGUGUCGAGGGCACCCCCGGUGAUGUGAAGAACAUCCCUGUUGGGAGGCUUGGGACGCCACAGGAGUGUGCGAAUGUUGUCAUGAUGCUGUGCAAAACCGGCUACUUGACGGGGCAGAGUAUCUUGCUGAGCGGUGGUCUGAAAUGA